AGCUUGAUUCAAAGCUCGGCAUUCGGUCGGCCAUCGUUUACCGCCGAUAUGCAUUCCAUUGGAUACAAGGACCUCGUGGGCGUCUUGAUCGCAGCGGCGGUCAUCCUUCUCGGCUAUGAAUCCGGCAUACGCGGCCCUUUUGUACAACAUCCAAACGUAUAAAACUGCGAAAAGUACUCUGCAAUAUCACCCAGUCUUCGCGGUAUCCUCGGCUCAGCAUGCGCACCUUCAUCACGCUUGCCAUCUCUCUCGCGUCCAUCGCGAUCGGCGCCCUCGCUGCCCCCAACGGUUGCGUGUGGGUGAACGACGAGCUCGUGUGCGCCGGCAGCAAGCGCGCGCCCGAGGCCUGCCUCUUGGAGUGCGAUGCCAAUGGCGAGAACUGCAAGAUCGUGUGCGCUGGACACUCAUCAUAAUCAAGUCAUCCCUGCGACGCCGUACUGAGGUUCAAGCGCAACACGAGUGCAGCCGCAAAAUAAUGAACGCCGAUACUCAGGUCCCCGUAGCAGCUCGGCGCUUACACUAUGUACUGCGCGCAUACGAUUAAUGGCCAAGUUGCUGCUGGUGUAGACUGGCUCCGAUCCGGCAUGAGUGCUUGCGCUGACUUCGCAUCACGACGCUAAGGCUCGGGACUAUGGUCCCGACUCGAU